AUGGGCGUCAGGAUCGCCAUUCGUGAACAGCUGGCCUUCCUCGUGGUCUUUGCUGUUCUCGUUGGUCUGAUGAUCCUGUCCGUCCCCGUCUGGAUCUACGUCAACCAGUUUGUCACUCAGGUUGAAGGACGCGAACUCGCCCUCACUGCAUCGCUCAAGGCAUCGCGUAUCUCUGCCGAGCUUGAGCUCGUCCAGACCAGCAUCGUCACCAUAUCUUCCCGAAUUCUAAUUCAGGACUCUUUGCUCAACUUCUACGAUGGAAACGAAACCGAUGAGAAUUGGGUUCAGGCCAAGGGUGACCUCAACAGUGCCUUGAGUGUCGGCGCUCUCACGGGACUGCUACAAGGGAGGGUUUACUCGAGAAACACCACUGGCAACGUCCACGGUUUGCUUAACGUCACCGGAGCCAGAAUCCCCGAAAUUCCAUUACCGUACAAUGGCCCCAGCGGACAGCAGGCCUUUCUAUCUGACACGCCCGAGGGCUACCCGCCCGCCCUCUACCCAAACAUCACCUACGAGGACCUUGGACGCCCGAACCAGUACAGGAACAAUACCAGGGCUUUCGCUGCCAAUGCUUUCGAAGGAGUUCGUAUCACGACCAAUGGCGGCUUGUUGCUCGGUCCUAUGAUAAUCAACGAGACGACCGCCCUCAUGUCGAUCACUGUUCCGAUCCGGUACAACGAUCAGCAAGAGUUCAUCCUCGGAUACAUGACACUCGUCACCACGGCAAACUCUCUGAUCGGUAUUCGCAACUCUCGCGAAGGCUUGGGGAACACGGGGAUAGUGUUGCUCGUCGGGCCCACGCAGCAAUCCAACAGGUUUCCCGCCGCAAAUGCCGCCAGCAAUGCCACGUUUCUGCCUGACAGGGACACGGCGGCCGAUGUGCCAGUGAAAUUCGUCCUCCCGCCUAACCCCCUGCCCGGCCAGCGCGACCGACACAGUGAGCGAAGCUUGGCGAGCAGUAACGACGACGAGCCCUUUCCCAUGAAAGCUUACCCGGCGGUUUUCGACUCCUUCACCAAAAGAUUCCUUACACCCAACAACUCAAGCUCCAAGCUUGCAACAAGUAACGAACAGGGUCUUGCAGUCGCCGUGGGCUUCGCUAGAACCAACACCGCCCUUGUUAACUGGACUGUCGUGGUAGAACAAGCCAAAUCAGAGGCCGACGCGCCCAUCGACACGCUCCGUAACAUCAUCCUGGGAUGUGUGUUCGGCACUGCCGGUCUUGUCAUUCUACUCAUCUUCCCCUGUGCGCAUCUCAGUGUGAUGCCGAUCAGGAGACUCAAGACGGCGACGGAGAAGUCUGUUCAGCCUCCAGGCUACGAGGACGGGUACUACUCUGAAUAUGACGAAGACGACGAGAUUCCCGGCUCGGGCGGAAUAUCAGCGCGGUCGCAACGGUCAAAGAGGGACGGCUUCAUUGCCGCUGUAUACAAGUUGGUCGGUUACAAGCCCAAGGAGAAGACAGCUUCCGAACACGACCGCGAUUCAACCCGUCGCAUCUUCAAGAUUCCUGGCAAGGUUGUGGAUCGGAAGCAUUUCAUUUCCGACGAACUCACCGAACUGACGGAAACAUUCAAUGCUAUGAGCGACGAACUGGUCAAGCAAUACACCUCACUGGACCAGAAAGUCUUGGAACGGACCAAAGAGCUCGAAAUCAGCAAGAAGGCAGCCGAAGCCGCCAACGAAAGCAAGACCCUCUUCAUUGCGAACAUCUCUCACGAACUCAAGACGCCACUGAAUGGUAUCCUUGGAAUGUGCGCGGUUUGUAUGGAAGAAAACGACAUCCUGAGAAUAAAACAAUCCCUCAAAACUCUUUAUAAAUCGGGUGACUUGUUACUUCAUCUGCUUGAAGAUCUCCUUAGCUUUUCCAAGAACCAAAUCGGCCAACAACUCAAUCUGGAAGAGAAGGAGUUUCGCCUGGCCGACAUCAAGUCGCAGAUCCUUACCAUCUUUGACAAGCAGGUUAGAGAAGGCCGGAUCACCUUGACUGUCAACUUUCUCGGCUCCGAGACCAUUGAACUCAGCAGCAGCCCAGAGAGGACAAGCACAGACAAUAGGCUGCCUGCCCUUGGCCCGCAGGGCACCGGGAGACUGAAGGAUAUGUGUCUCUGGGGCGACCAGCAUCGCAUUCUCCAGGUCAUAAUCAACCUGGUGAGCAACAGUGUCAAGUUCACGCCGGCAGGUGGCAGGGUAGACGUUCGCAUCAAGUGUGUCGGUGAGGUGGAGACUGUAUCGGCAAACGAGGGCAGCCGCUCCUCGUCGUUUUCCAAGGAGUCCAGACGUCAUGGCAGGUCCCGGCACCGGCUCGGAUCCAACAGUUCAACCCAGUCAGUGAGCUCCAGGGGAGGCUCAACUUCCGAGCCCGUGAAGGGUACUGCACUGGUCAUCAACCCGAUGGAGCCUAAGUCGACUCCGCACAUCCGCGUCCGGGAACGGUCUCCCACGCCGCCGCCUCCUGGAGCAAAGGCUUAUGUCUUCGAGUUCGAAGUUGAAGAUACCGGCCCGGGUAUUGAGGAGCACAUGCAGCAGAAGGUCUUUGAACCCUUUGUGCAAGGUGACCUUGGAUUGAGCAAGAAGUUUGGUGGAACGGGUCUGGGCCUGAGCAUCUGUCAUCAGCUCGCAACCCUUAUGGGAGGCUCAAUAUCCCUAAAGAGCACCGUCGGGGUCGGUACGACAUUCAAUAUGCAGAUCCCCUUGAAAUAUGUCAAGGACAAGGCCUCUAGCACCGCCUCCAGCAGCGUCAAGUCUCGACCGCCAAGCGUCGAUACCAUUGAGGCAAUUGAAAGCCAACAUAACCCGAAACGUAAUUCCGGAGGAACACCCUCUAAACCGUCCAUCAAACCCGCAAGCGAGACCAACGCAAAGACUAUACUGGAUCAACAACCGAGGCUGGUCGGCCUCAGCCAACCUUUUUUCGCGUCCAAUCCGGCACGGAAGGCAAAACGGAGCACGAGGGAACAGAUGGCAGCCAUCGACCAGGCGAUGGCUACCAAGGACAACAAGGAGAUGAAGCUACGAGUGCUCGUUGCUGACGAUAACUCGACAAACAUUGAGGUUGUCAGCAAGAUGUUGAAACUCGAGGACGUCUACGACGUCACCAUAGCCAAGGACGGUCAGGAAGCGUACGACCUCGUCAAGGCAAACAUGGACGACAACAAGGGCUUCGAUGUCAUCUUCAUGGACAUCCAGAUGCCGAACCUCGAUGGCCUGCAGUCGACAAAACUCAUCCGCAAGAUGGGUUACACUGCCCCCAUCGUGGCGUUGACAGCGUUCUCGGAAGAGAGCAACGUAAAGGAGUGUAUGGAGAGUGGCAUGGACGAGUUCCUCAGCAAGCCCAUCAGACGCCCUGCGCUCAAGCAAGUUCUUAAGAAAUUCGCCACGAUCCCAGAAGAGCCUGAAACGACGAGUUUAACCAGAAAGACGACACCAGAGCGAGCCACUCCUGAGAAACCAACACACACCAAUGGCACUACAGCUCCGGAUUUGAACGAGAAGGGAGAUGCUAUUCACCCGACCGGAAACGGGAACGCAACCGCACCGGCAUCGGAGAAAAUCCUAUCAGAGAAGGGGUUCUGA